AAAUCAUCUUCUUCAAAAACUUAAAACAAAGGUGAUUGGAUUGGCGGGAAAAUUGAGAGAAAAAUGGAGGUGGUGAAAUUGCCGUUAGCAGCAUCGCAGAAAGGGAAAUUAAUAUCUGCAGGCUACACUUCCAUUGCUUCCCUUUCUUCUAUCCCCCCUUCUCAGCUUUCCAGAGAACUGAAAAUCUCAGAAACGGAGGCACUUGAAAUUCUAAAGAAUGUAUCAGAUGGUACAAGGUUGGAGAGCACCAGUAGCAGUCUUACUAUUGUCAAUGGCGCCCAGAGUGCCUGGGAUAUGCUGCAGGAAGAAGAAACCCUGAUGCGUAUUACUACAUCAUGUGCUGAUUUGGAUAACAUUUUGGGUGGAGGAAUAAGCUGCAAAGAAGUGACUGAAAUUGGUGGAGUUCCAGGCAUCGGUAAAACACAACUCGGAAUUCAACUUGCAGUAAAUGUUCAGAUCCCGUAUGAUUAUGGUGGACUUGGAGGCAAGGCCAUUUACAUAGAUACCGAAGGUAGCUUCAUGGUUGAACGUGCUUUACAAAUUGCAGAAGCUUGUGGUGAUGACAUGGUAGAAUACAGUCGUUUGUAUCACAAGGGAUCUCAAGCAUGUGAAGUUAAGAUGCAGCCCAAAGAUUUUCUUGAGAAUAUAUUUUACUUUCGUGUAUGCAGUUAUACCGAGCAAAUUGCUCUCAUCAAUUACUUAGAGAAGUUCAUCACAGAGCAUAAAGAUGUUAAGGUGGUUAUAAUUGAUAGCAUCACAUUUCACUUCCGUCAAGAUUUUGAUGACAUGGCUCUCAGGACAAGAGUACUUGGUGGAAUGGCCUUGAAGUUGAUGAAACUUGCCACAAAAUUUGGAGUUGCGAUUGUUCUCUUAAAUCAAGUGACCACCAAGUACUCAGACGGCUCAUUCCAUUUAGCCCUUGCACUCGGUGAUAGUUGGUCGCAUGCCUCCACAAACCGGAUCAUUUUGCAUUGGAAUGGCAAUGAACGCUAUGCAUACAUUGACAAGUCACCCUCUCUCCGAUCAGCAUCUGCACCUUAUUCUGUGACAGCCAAGGGAAUCAGGAACUCAACUUCAGACAACAAAAGAGUUAAAAACAUGUAAGUUAAUGGCAUACUUGGAUAGAGUAACAUGUCUUGUUCUGCAAAUUUUUUGUAUAUGAUAUUAUUAUAAGCUAAAACCAUGUUUUUUUUUAAAGUCCAUUACUAGUUGUCCAGGUUAAUAAGUGUACUCACAAUAUCUAUUUAACUAAUUAACAUUAACGAUAUUAACAUUUUGUA